UGAUGCAGUAAACUAAGAAGUAUGUAAGGAGUAUUAACAUAAUACAAAUAUACAAUCACAAUAUGAUAACAUCGUGUGAUUAUGCUUGCAUUUCUCCAACCUAUCACUUAACUCCCACUUGUUUUGACAUUUAAAAAAUAUUCCGCAAAUGAAGCAAUACCCAAUAUUCAAUAACAAAAGACCCAGUUCUAUAUUCAACCAAUUACGUGCUUCUCAUUUUCUCCCUCUAAGUAACCCUUCUCACAUCAUUUCUUUUUCUCUCUCUUCAUCAUCUCUCCUAAUCCUGCAAAUUAAUAAUUUGUUCAUUCUUUGGAUCAUUGCAUGAGAAACAUUUUGGAGAUAUACCAGAAGGUUUUUCAAGAUAACUGAAUAAAUGGCAGCUGGUUCUCUAAGACAUGAACAUCCAAAGGAAAAAUACAAGAUGGCGUCUUUCCAUGUAGUUUGUAGAUCAGUAAUCAAUCAUCCAUUUCUUAUGGUUAUGCUAUUGAUCUUUAUAUGUUUGCACCAAUAUUUCCCUUUCCUAUUUUCUCUUUUGGUUUCUGCUUCCCCUGUUGUUAUAUGCACAGCUAUUUUACUUGGGAUCUUAUUGAUCCAUGGACAACCAAAUGACAACAAUGUAAAGAAUUACGAAGAGAGGAAUAAUACAUAUGUGACUAUAAGAACUGGAGUAAAAGAUCACACAUCUAGUGCUGAAAGAGAAGGAGUCUACUUUAAAGAUAGAUUUGCCGAGGUAAGAAAAGACAUAGUAGAGAAGGGCAUGAGAGCUUCAGGAACUUUAGGUUCUGGAAUCAGUAUUGAUGGUGACUACGCUAAUGGUGUUAAUCGGGAAAACUGUCACGCAGAGCUUACUAACAGAAGCAAAAUUCACAAAGAGAAAAUUAAGAACAGUUUUGAGUUUGCUGACUUUGAAAACGCGGGUGUUGAAGUGCACAUGGAUCGAGAUUUUGAUAAAACUAUCAACGAGCAACAUGAUGUUGGUUUGCAGGAUCAAUUGAAUUCUUCUAUGGGGAUAGAAAAACAUGCAGAUGGCACUAUAUGUCACGAAUAUUCAGAUUGUGAGUCUGAUGGGGCCGAGAAGUCCUCUCUUGAUGCUUUAGUGGCAUAUGUCAUUCCAACUGCUCAGGAGACUCACCCACUUCUAGACUUUGAAGAUCAAUUACAUCAAGGUGCAUCUCAUGAUGAUGCUUCUCUCAAGUUUGAGUUGCAAUCCCUUGAUUCACAUCAAAGUAACGAGGAUUCAAGUGAGGAUGAAAAUGAUAGCGACGUUGAUGAAGAUGAAACUCUAAAUAUUAAAGAUGAUGGUGAAAAAUUAGCUGGUGCAUUGCUGCAAAUGGAGAAGAACCAACAGUUGGAGAGCCUCAUCAAUAAAACAGAUGAUGAAAGAGAUGAGGAGGAAGAGGUGGAAGAAGAUGAAGGCACAGAAGAUAUGGAUGUUGAUGAUGACGAAGAUGAUGAUGAUGAUGAGGAAAAUGCAAAUGUUGAAAAGGAUGCAACUAAACAAGUUACCUUGUGGACAGAGGAGGACGAGAAAAAUCUACGGCUUGUGGGAAAUUCUGAGCUCGAAAGAGAUUUACGUUUAGAGAAUCUUCUGGCAAGAAGAAGGGCAAAAAGAAACUUUUCGCUGAUUUCAGAGAGAAAUUUGAUAGAUUUGGAUCGUCCUGAUCAACCUUCUUUCCAAGUUGCACCCAUUUCCACCUCAAGAGUUAACCCUUUCGAUUCUCCUCAUGAUACAAAACACCAGCAGAACAACCUUCCUCCUAUUCCUGGAUCUGCUCCAUCUGUAAGUGUGCCAAGGAGAAACCCUUUUGAUUCUCCAUGUACUUCUCCAAAAGGAACUCACAAUCUCACAGGAAAUAUUCUUCGAGAUGAGCAUGUGGGAAUGAACUCGAACGAUGCAAUAUUUCAUGAUCAAAAUGAAAGUUCAAGCAUAAGAUAUGACGCCAGGGGGAAGGAUUUGAAAUCGGAGUUUGCAGAAGUUAUGAAACGCAAGGAUGCUGUGUUUCGUCGAUAUGAAAGUUUCAACCCUGGAUAUAAUUUUGUAGGAGAUAGUUUUCGACAAGACUUCACGGAAACAGAUAGAAGAGAUGCAGUACUUCGUAGACACGAAACUUUUAACACUAGAUCAGCAUUUCCUAACACUUCAAGUCCAGCAAAGAAGCCACUUUAUUUGAAGAUGAAACCUGUCUUUGUUUCAGAACAGGUGGUUGAAGAUCCGGAUGUGAGACAUCCUUCUUCAGAUAGAGAGUCCAGCCACGACAACGAGUCCAUAAUGAGCUCCUCUGACUCUGAUCAUACUGAAUCCUCAAAAAUCUUUGUAAAGCAUGAGGACUUGGGACCUGAUAAAGAUGCACUUGUUGAUGGUGAUCAUGUUUCUAACCUAUCUGAAGACACAAGUGAAUCCUCUAACGAGGCAGACUCGCUAAAAGGUGAUGAAGAAGAAGAUUUUGUGGACAGGUUCAAAGCAAGUGCAGAUCAGAUCCAUGAAAAAAUCGAAGCAGCGCAUGAGAACCAUGAAAAUGCGUCUAGCAGUUCAACAACGACAUCAGAAGCGGACCAUAGUUCAGAUAAGACAGUAAAAGACGGUGACGAGACAACCAAUGAAGCUAAUUUCUCAUGUGAAGCUUCUUCGCACAUUGUAGGUGUGAACCACUUAAGCAUGGAGGAAGACCAUGAUACUAUUGAGCCGCCAGUCUAUGAUUCAAGCCCUUCUAGUGUCGGAAAAAAUACGCCAUUUUCUUCUGAAGUUGCUCAAAUUUAAUGUAGAUUUUUUAUUACUAUUUGUGAUUUUCAAUUAGAAAAUAGGAGGAAAAUUGUAACAAUUCUUCUUUAGAUAGAGAUCAUGCUAAUUAUAUGUAAUUCAUGAUAUAAUAGUCUUUAAAGGUUGUAGGAUAGGUACGUACUUUUUUCUUUUAGAAAAUUACUCUGUUUUCCAACUUGAUCUUAGAAUUUUUCAACAAGAUUUUAUAACAUGGAGAUGUAUCAUUUUGAUA